UACUCUCUGCUGCUCUGUUCUCGUCGCGCGCAAAGGACCUGUCAUCUCUUUCAACGGUGCGAAGAAACUUCCGCAAAUAUGAAGAUGUCUGUACUCGCACGUGCGGUGGGGGGUUGCGUGGCGUUGCGUUCCGCCCAGGGCUUUGUGGCAAGUUCGGCUGUCGGCCGGACAACCGGCGUACGUUCGAUCCACCAAGCAUCGAGAUUGGCAAUGGCGAUCAAGGAAGGUGACAAGUUCCCUAUGGACUCCACGUUCCAGAUCAAGGGCGACGCGGGACCUGCCGACGUACCCGCCAGCGAGAUCUUCGCGGGCAAGAAGGUGGUAAUCUGCGGCGUGCCCGGCGCCUUCACGCCCACGUGCGACGACAACCACCUGCCCUCCUUCAUCGCUAACGCCGACAAGUUCAAGGAGAAGGGCGUGGACACGGUGGCGUGCAUGUCCGUGAACGACGCGUUCGUCAUGAGCCGGUGGAUCAAGUCCCUGGACGCGGAGGACAAGGUGACCAUGCUCGCCGACGGCGGUGCUGUGUUCGCCGAGGAGAGCGGCCUGUGCGUCAAGACCGGAAAGUUCGGCGGGACCCGCCUCCAGCGCCUGGCGAUGAUCGUGAACGACGGCACGAUCGAGAAGCUUUUCUUGGAAGACGGCACCGGCUACACCGACGUCUCCUCUGGCGACACCGUGCUCGCCGCACUCUAAGACAUGAUAGAAUCGAAAUAGCUACGGAAACCCCCAACUGAAACGCCUCCGACAGAGGGGCGAUGGAUUGCAAGGGGUUGCGAUUUCCUCGCCAGGGAUUUUGACGAUUGUCACGGCGAAGCUUGUCGAAUCGCCGUGCAACUGCUGUGGUGGUCCUUUACGGUCCAACCAUUUGCGAGGCUCGAUACCCCUCCCUGUUCGGGCGUCUAAAGAACAGGUGUACACGAAUACCUCGGCAGUAUUUUUUUUGUUUGUGUGUGGGGUGGCGUGGCUGGAGGUGUUGCUUUUCUACGACCGGCAAAAGUAUCGGAGACCCCUUCCUAUCUUAGCGUAGCCUGUCUUGAUGCCGUUGCAGCAGUGACUCAUGACUUUGGUCGGGAGUGGUCUUGGAAACAAAUGAAGCGCGUCACAUAUUGUACCAGCUCUCGAGAGCAACUGCCCCGUGCCGUCUCUGGUGUAGUUUUUUCGCGAAAACGCUGCUUUUGUUCGCGACGAAGCAAGUGCCCUUUCCUCUGUCGUCGACGAUGUAAGCCUUUCGGCUGGACGGAGUUUUGGCCAACCCCGGUGCUUCCCAUAACGAGACGAGAAAGAC